UCACUCUUUCUAAACACUCUGCAAAAAACAUUUUCUUUCCUCUCUGCACACUAAAAAUUUCCAAGAAUAUUUCCUAGAAAAGGAGCAUCUUCCUUCCUCUUUACUUUUUCUCUCAUCUCUCUCGAUAACCAAACGGUGGGUUUGUGUCGAUUCCACAAGAAUAUAACAAAAAGCUCUUUUUAAUUUCCUUUCUCCUUUCUUCAACUUUCCAAGAAAAUCUUUGCUUUCUUCCCUCCUCCCUACUCCCCCCUCUCUCUGUUUGUAUUAACAAGGUUUUAUCUCUCGCAGUUUUCUGUGCCUUUGCUUUGUAGCUUUCUAUAAAAAGAAGAAAAAAAAAAACUCGUCCUUUGAUAAAACUUUUUGCAGAGAAGCAUCACACUCUCUUAUUUCUCUUGUUAUUCAAGUUUCUUCCUUUUUUUCGAAAAAAUCCAUCUUUAUUCUUUGUCUCUUUCCUUUUUGCUUUCACAUGCUUUCUCCGAUAUAAAACACACCCAGUCACAGUCUAAGUAACAGAGAGAGAGAAAGAGAAAUAACAAUGGAGACAGAGAAGCAACAACUUGUUCUACCGAAAACCAACACCACAAGAACCGAACCGGGUUUAACCAACCACCACCACAACCACAACCAACCAAGGAUUCUCCGUAUCUCCGUAACCGACCCAGACGCAACAGACUCGUCCAGCGACGAAGAAGAUGAAACACAACAACGACUCGUAUCCAAACGCCGUCGUAUCAAGAAGUUCGUUAACGAAGUCGUUAUCGAUUCUGGCGCUAGCGGUAGCAGCAGUAAUAGCCAAACCGAACCGAAUAAGAGAAGGAAGAGAGCGGUUACAGUCAAACCGGAACCUCCUUCUCCUCCGGCUGUUACAACAACAACGGAGAAGAAAUACCGAGGAGUAAGACAACGUCCAUGGGGAAAAUGGGCGGCGGAGAUAAGAGAUCCUCUCCGCCGCGUACGUCUCUGGCUCGGAACUUUCAACACGGCGGAGGAAGCCGCCUUGGUCUACGACAGCGCCGCGAUUCAGCUCCGUGGUCCCGACGCUCUAACUAACUUCCCGACGACGGAGAACGAAUCUCCACCGCCGUCUCCGGUUAAAAGAAAUAAAAAAAUCAAAUCCGACGUCGCUUCUUCCUCCACCACGAGUAACAACAGCGACUGCCUCUGCUCUCCGGUGUCUGUUCUCCGAUCACCGUUCGCCGUCGACGAACUCCCCGGCGGUGUGUCCUCAGCAGCGAAGGUUAUCGUCAAGGAAGAGCCGUCGACGACGACGGUAUCGGAGAGUUUCUCCGAUUUCUCGGCGCCGUUGUUCACCGACGAGGAUCUUUUCGAUUUCCGGAUUCCCGAGUAUCUCGGCGGCGACUUGUUUGGAGAAGAUAUCUUCGCGGACACGUGUACGGAUAUGAAUUUCGGGUUUGAUUUCGGAGCCGGGUUAUCUGACUGGCACGUGGAUGACCAUUUUCAAGAUAUCGGGGAUAUAUUCGGGUCGGAUCCUCCUUUGACUGUUUGAUAAGAAUCAAAAAAGUCUUUUACCCGGCCGUUACUAAACGGACUCGCGAAGUUUUGUAUGUUCGUUAUUUAAGAGUCUUUUUAAGCAAUAUCUUUUUAUCUUUGUCGUUAUAUAGUAUAAAUCAAGUGUACUAAUGUUGUAGUUAAUGGGUUAAUGGUGUUAUUAUUGACG